CAAUUUUCAAGCAUUAAAUUGAUUUACAUGUUUUAGACACGCCAAAACAAGAAAAUAUUUCAAAAAUUAAUAUGUCUGGAGAUAAUGAACCAAAAUUUACGUUUCAGUAUUUAGAUGGAAGAAAAUUCCCUUCUCUUGAAAGCAAGGAGAAUAAGGAAUUAUUGAUGAAAUGGUCAAUGAAAGGAAGGAUUUGUGCACAGAUGUUCAGUUUUGACCAACCAUUUCAAUCUUAUCAAAAGGAUGACUUUGUAAAGGACUUCAUGAAGGAUCCAAAAGUAAUUUCCAAUUUACGCAUGAUAUCUGGGGACAAGUGGACAGUUGUUGGAAUUCCGGCUACAAGUGUGACGGCUGAGGUUGUACCAUGCUCUGUCCUGUCCAUGACUCUCUUUGACAGACUCACAGACAAAGGUGUAGUGAGGGAGUCAGGACACAUCAGCAAAUGUUUUGAUGAGUUUUGUGGAGAAUUCCAGAUCUCAGAUGAAUUAAGAAAAAUGCUGUUAAUUGAUGAUUCCGAUAACUAUUGUCUGUACAGUGAUUCAGAGAGGGAUGAAUUUUUAUUCCGAAUAUUUUUCCAUCUUUGCCUUGGUGGAAGAUUUAAUCAGUUUGAAGAUGAAAUACAACCGUACUUGGAUGUCACCAAACAGCUCUACAAGGAUUUAAUCAGUGUUCAAAAGAAUCCAGAUACUAAAGAGCUCAGUAUUGUCUCCUGUGUGUUCAAGAUUACUGCAAAAGAUGGUGAAGAAAUGUUUUAUCCUGCAAAAGUGGACCAUGAAAACACAUUUUCAUAUCUUGUGGUUGACCCAAUAAAAAGGACAGCAGCAGUGCUAUAUCACAACUUUGGUGCUAGUGAAUUUGAGUGAUAUAUUG